CCGUGCUCUGGACCCGCUUGCGGCGAAGCCCAGGAGGAGCCCGUCGCCAUGCAGCCGCCGCCGCGCAAAGUUAAGUUGACCCAGGAAGUAAAAGUGCAUCUCAUGGAGCAACUGUCGAGCCUGCAGAACAAGCAACAACGGGAGCUGGAACUCCUAGAGGACAUCAGGUCCUACAGCAAGCAGCGAUCUGCCAUUGAGAGGGAGUACGGGCAGGCAUUGCAAAGGCUGGCAAGUCAGUACCAGAAGAGAGACGGGCAGCGUGGCUGGAACGUCGCCAGUGACUCCAGGAGUGUCUUUGGAGUCUGGAAGGGCGUGAUCGAUGGCACCGUCUCUUCUGGUCAGUCCAGGCUGGCUGCCUCCGAUAAUUAUCGCAGUGUGAGCGCAGAGGCUGCUAAAACCGCCCGUGUGUCAAAAGAACACUUGUUCAAAAAGGGCAUGGACCAGCUACUGAAUAUCCAGACUGAACUGCUGGAGACGGUGAAGGAAGUCAGCAAAACCAAGAAGCAUUACACACAGAUUGAGCGGUCCAGUGAGGUGGCCCGAGAGAAGGCUGCUGAUGUGGAUGCCAGGCUCAAGAAGAGUGACCACGGCAUAUUUCACACAAAGGCCAGCUUGCAGAAGCUCAGCGCCAAGUUCUCUGUGCAGCUGGCAGAGAAUUCACAGCAGCUGGUGGUGGCGCGAAAUGAGUACCUCUUGACUCUGGCGGCUGCAAGUGCCCACCUGGAGCACUACAUCCAUGUGGAGCUGCCUGCUGUUUUCAAGAUGCUGGAUGGUGACCUUUAUGAGCGGCUCAGAGACCAGCUGACCCUGAUCAGCAAGACAGAGCUGGAGGUCUGCCAAGGCACACAGGAACUUUUCCAGCGUGUUCUAGGUACAUCUGCACAGGUGUGCCAGGAGCAGAAUCUCCUCCUCUUCCUCCAGGAUAAUGCUGCAUUUUCAGCGAUGGUCAUCCAGCCCUUUCAGGCGGCAGGAGCUGACCAGGUGACUUCUCUUCUGCAUGAAAGUGGCAGCAGCCUUGGGGAGAGCGGGUUAGAGAAGGAAGCCCGUCGCUGGGCCGCUCGAGCAGCCAGAGAUUACAAAAUACUAACUGUCAGUGAGCAGGUUCUACAGAGAAUGGAAGCCAGGAGGCAGCUGGCCCCUGAGGCAGAGAUGACCACCAUGGAGAAGAGGAUGGAGGAGAUAAGAGAGAACCUACGGAAGGCUGAGAUCAGCAAGGUGAAGUCGGAGGCACGGCUGGCUCUCCUGCGUCAGGCUGGCCUGGAUGUCGACACCUGGCUGGCAAGCAGCAUGGGGCAGGUGCUGGACGAAAUGGAGCAAGAGCGGCGGCUCAGCGAAGCUCGCAGGUCUGAGAGGGGCUCGACUCCGACGGCAGAAGACUUCGAUCUUGCUGAGUUUGAUGACUAUGACGACAACACAGAACUGUUUGAGGACACGAGACCAAGUUCAAGCAUGCUUCGUGCUUAUCCUUCAUCCUGCAGAGUAUUCUUCCCAUACCAGGCCUGCCAAUCGGACGAGCUCUCCAUUGCACAGGGCGAGGAGCUGGAGGUCAUUGAAGACGGCGAUGUGGAGGAAUGGGUCAAGGCGCGUAACAGUGCAGGACAGGUCGGGUACGUCCCUGAGAAGUACCUCUUCUUUAUGGAUUCAGUAAGCAGGGGACACCCAGCCCCAGAUGGGAAUGCCCAGGAAGAGUCCUCUGAUGUGGCCUUGGAGAGGGAGCUGACCAACAUCAUGAGCAUGGGCCUGAUGCUGGAGCCCGGAGCUUCCCUGGUGCGAGCCCUUUACGACUACGAAGGGCAGAGCUCCGAGGAACUCAGUUUCCCCGAGGGAGCCAUCAUCCGAGUGCUGCCCCGGGAGGAGGGAGCGGUAGAUGACGGCUUCUGGAAAGGAGACUUCAAUGGGAGAAUUGGAGUCUUCCCCUCAUUGGUUGUGCAAGAAAUAACUGGCGCACAAGAGGGAGCUGAGCAGGAACUGCUUUCACCAUCUCCUCCAGCCUUCUCCCCUCCAGUCCUUGACCACGCAUCUCCUCCAGACAUUCUGCUGGCAGGUGGCUGGCAAGGAAAAAUGCAAGAUUCCCCUGACCUGAACGCACCACGCAUUCGCCCAGUUCGGCCUCCCCCACCUCCGCCAUCGAAGGCUCCAGAAGAUGACUCGCUGCCCAGCCACGAUUAAGUCCACAUCUGUCAGGGACUUGGCUUCCCAAGAAGGCUUGAGCGCUUUGGGGGCUGGUGGGGCCACAAGCAAAUCCGUUUCUGCCUGGAGUUCUUGGGUGCCUGUAGCUGCUUUUGAGCCUGUGCUCACAUCUUCCAGUGCCAGCCAGCUAGCAGUGGGACGGAGGUGCUGAGAGGAGCAUUGCUGCUGCUGCUACUGCUGUUGUUGCUGCGAUGAGCUUCUCUACCUCAGCACAUGGGUACAUGCUCAGAUGGAUGGACUGCACCAGAAUGGACAUGCCAGUGAAUGUUGAAUACAAUUGUUUUGUCUUUCUCUCUGCACUGGGGUCGAGCCCCGCAGCAUAGGACCUAGAAAUGGCAAGUUCUGUUGGCCUUUGACAUUCCUUGGACUGCUACUCGAGACAAUGCCAAGCAUUUCCUUUUUUUCCUGUUCUGUGGUUUGAGAUGGGAGCAGGUCUCUCCCUUUGCUUUAAAUGCUGCUAGCUAGCAUCUGUCUGCACCUUGUCCGUCAGAACUAUUGACAACGGCAGGGUCUGCUGCUCUUCUUGUAGCCAGCAGUACUUUUGCUGUCCCUUGCUGAGUGAGCUGGCGUCUGUGCUGCGUCCUUGAGAGGCAAUAGGUGGGCAGGUAUUGACUGAAUAAACAGACACCAUUCUGCACG